AUGAAUAGUAGAAUUAGACGUGAGGCCUUAGAGCGUAUUGUUGGUGAGGGUGAUAGGAAUUGUAUCUGGGAGUUGAGAAUGAACACAAAUGCCUUUGCUAACUUGUGUGAGUUGCUGCAAGUUCAGGGAGGACUUACAGAGGAUGGUCAUGUAAGCCUGCCGGAGCAGGUUGCGACCUUUUUAAUUAUCUUAGCGCAUCACAAGAAAAACCGUAGUCUACAGGUUAGAUUUUGUAGGUCCGGCGAGACAGUUAGCAAGUAUUUUAAUAAAGUUUUGAAGGUUAUAAUACGGAUUCAAGGGAUGUUGUUCGCGAAGGCUACACCAGUUGCUGAGGACUGUGUUGACCCGACAUGGCGAAGGUUUAAGGGUUGCUUGGGAGCAUUAGAUGGCACUUACAUAGAGGUGACAGUCCCGGAGUCUGAGAAGGCAAGGUACCGCACAAGAAAGGGUAAAAUAUGCACCAACAUGUUAGGAGUGUGUAACCGGGAGAUGGGUUUUGUGUACGUACUCAGUGGAUGGGAGGGUUCGGCAUCUGAUUCACGAGUACUUCGCGAUGCAAUAACUCGUCGUAAUAGUCUUAAGAUACCCCACGGUAAUUACUAUUUAGUUGAUGCUGGCUACACAAAUGGUCCGGGGUUUCUUGCACCGUAUAGAGGGACUCGAUAUCAUGUAAGAGAGUGGGCCCAGGGAGCACGUGCACCGCGCAACUACCAAGAAUAUUUUAACCGGGUACACUCGUCUGCAAGGAAUAUCAUUGAGCGAUGCUUUGGUUUGCUGAAGAAGCGCUAG